AUGGCAUACCCUUUUCAACUAGGCUUUCAAGAUGCCUCAUCCCCCAUUAUAGAGGAGCUCCUCCACUUCCAUGACCAUACGCUCAUAAUCGUCUUCUUAAUUAGCUCCCUGGUCCUUUAUAUUAUUUCACUUAUAUUAACUACAAAACUUACGCACACAAGUACGAUAGACGCUCAAGAAGUAGAGACUAUCUGAACUAUUCUUCCAGCUAUUAUUCUGAUUAUAAUUGCCCUCCCCUCUCUGCGAAUCCUAUAUAUAAUGGACGAAAUCAACAACCCCUCCUUAACAGUAAAAACAAUAGGUCAUCAAUGGUAUUGAAGCUAUGAAUAUACAGACUAUGAAGAUCUAAGCUUUGACUCUUAUAUAAUCCCUACAUCUGAUCUUAACCCUGGCGACUUACGACUUCUGGAAGUUGAUAAUCGAGUUGUUCUUCCAAUAGAACUUCCAAUCCGUAUGUUAAUCUCUUCAGAAGAUGUACUUCACUCUUGAGCUGUACCAUCCCUAGGACUAAAAACAGACGCUAUUCCUGGACGUUUAAAUCAAGCUACUCUCAUUUCCACACGACCAGGACUCUUCUACGGCCAAUGUUCAGAAAUCUGUGGCUCAAACCAUAGUUUUAUGCCUAUUGUUCUUGAGAUAGUUCCACUUAAACACUUCGAGAGCUGAUCCUUAUCCAUGAUCUAG